GAAAGAGAGAGAGAAAUGCAUGAGUAGUGACAGAGCGAGGGAGAGAGAGACAGUUCGUUAACAGAGAAGAGUCUCGGGCUCCAGGACGGACCAGGCAGUCUCUGGAACAGUUUACCUAGACUACGGACUAUGAACCGGGUUGCUAUCGACGGAGAGGCGGGGGUCAGGCUGGGAGUCUCUAACUCUCUCCUCUCUGCUUCAUGCCCCCUUCCCCUCCUGUGAAGACAGCGGAGGAACUUCACCGGCAGCUCAGGAGCAGCGCGGCCGGCCGGGACUCUCAGGCUGUCGGAGUGUGUUUGAGGGAAUGCGGGAGAAAGAUGUGGGGCGACCGCUGGUGACCUGAAAUUCCUUCCCUUCCUGGCUGCUUCGGUCAGGACCUUGCAUAUUCAGCAUAAUGCCUCAGUUUUCCACCACCGGAAAACCAAGUAAAUUCAGUCAGAAGCCGCAGCGGGAGCGGGAGCUGGGAGCGGACGCAGCGGGCAGGAUGCGGACUUUGUGCCGCGUCUGAGCGCAGCGGUCUGCGGAAGGACGAGCUGGAUGUGCAGCAGCAAGACUUUCUGCGUUCCCGAAGGUUUCUGGAUCCAAAUGUCAAGUUUGAGAGAAGCUUUAUUGUUGCAGAACCAGCGGUGUGUGAUCUGAAAAGUAAAGGAAGCAAGGAAGAGGACGUCCAAUGAUAACCCUCCUGUGUGUUGUACAUGGCUCUGUCAGCGCUGAGUACCAUGAAGAGAGCUGUUUCUGGUGGUAAAAGAGAAGAGAGGGUGAAAAUGUGAUGUAGCUUUACUAAUGUCUGCCAGCUCAAUUAUGGACAGUGGCUGGUGAAGGAAUCAUAUUGCCUAAUGAGACCAUUGCUCUUGUGUUGGGAAGCUUAGGACAACUAAUUACCAAGGGAUUACUCAAGAACUUCUUCAGCACCAGGCUGGACAUGGUGGUGUUAUUAAGCCAACCGCCAAAAUCUAAUGACUGGUCUGUUGGAUUUUUUUUAAUACUAAUUUCUUAUCAUUUUUUCUCUGAUUUGGUGUUUGUAUUUUUUCUGAUCCAUUUGAAAUGGAGAUACAGUGGCGUUUAUGGAAUAAGGACUGGGCCUCCUUUAUAAGGCCGUGGAUACCUAUACUGUUAGGCCUUCACCUCCAGUUCUCCCGGGCCUCCAACUGUCCCGAGGAGUGCCGCUGUGAUCGCACCUUUGUUUACUGCAAUGAGCGGAGCCUGACCUCAGUGCCUCUGGGAAUUGGUGAGGGUUAUAAGACCCUGUACCUCCACAACAACCAAAUCAAUAACGCUGGGUUUCCCUUGGAGCUCCACAAUGUGGCUUCCGUGGAAACUGUCUAUCUCUAUGGCAACCAGCUUGAUGAGUUCCCCAUCAACCUGCCCAAAAAUGUAAGAGUUCUCCAUCUGCAAGAGAACAACAUUCAGACCAUCUCCAGAUUGGCGCUGGCGCAGCUUCUUUGGCUGGAGGAGCUGCAUUUGGAUGAUAACUCCAUUUCUACUGUAGGGGUGGAGGAAGGAGCGUUCCGCGAAGCAGUGAGCCUGAAGAUGCUCUUCCUCACCAAAAACCACCUUAGCAGUGUGCCUAUUGGUCUUCCAGAUGAUCUGAAAGAGUUGCGAUUGGACGAGAACCGGAUUGCAGUUAUCGCAGAGGAAGCAUUUAGGAAUGUCACCCGCCUGCACCGUCUCCUGUUGGAUGGGAACCUGUUGACAGAUGAAGGGAUUGCACCAGGGACCUUUCAGGACCUGGUCACCCUGAGGGAGCUGUCCCUGGCCCGCAACUCACUCACAUACCCUCCACCGUUCCUCCCAGGGGAGGUGCUCGUCAAAUUAAACUUUCAGGAAAAUCAGAUAAACCAGAUCCCUGUCAGGGCGUUCGCAGGGUUGCACAAGCUGGAGAGGCUGGAUAUUUCCAACAACCAGCUGCAGUCAUUGACACAGGGGGUCUUUGAUGGCCUCGUCAGUCUCAGACAGCUCACUGUUCGUAACAACCUUUGGCUGUGCGACUGCAGCAUUAAAUGGGUGGUGUCAUGGCUUAAAUCUCUGCCAGCCUCGCUCAAUGUGCGCGGCUUCAUGUGCCAUAAACCUGAGAAGUUCCGGGGCAUGGUGAUCAGGGAGCUGAGUGCUGAGCUGGUCCAGUGCCCGCAGACCACAGUGACGGCACCCCUGCCCACCUCACCAGCUGACACCACUCUGAUCCCAUCCCUGUUAUCUUUCACAGACUCUCCACUGAUCUCUCAGUAUGUGUCCUCCUCCUCCUCCAGGCAACCCUUCCCCACAACCCACCCUCUACCCUAUCUAUUCAACCAGAGAGGGGGGGUGAGGACUAAGCAACCUCUGGACCCCCGGAGGGAGACUUUGCAGGUCACGUUUGCCAUACUGAAUGGUUCGGCUAUCCAUGUCAGCUGGGUGGCUGCAUUUCCAGUCACUGCCUACAAGGUGACCUGGGCCAGGAUGGGCCCCAGUCUGACAGGGGACACCGUCAGGGAGAGGAUAGUGGGUGGGGAUCACCGGUGGAUCCGACUGGCUAAUCUUGAGCCAAAAUCCACAUAUCGGAUCUGUGUAAUUCCCUUGGAUGCAUUCAAUAAUUAUCGGCCCAAAGACGAUACUGUGUGCACAGAGGCCAUGACCACACCAGCGACUUUCAGCACUGACAACAACAAAAGACCAUCAGGGCCUGAGCAGGCCACACAACAGGAACCCAGCUCACCUUUCUUGUUGGCUGGGCUGAUCGGUGGGGCUGUAAUCGUGGUGCUGGUGGUACUCCUCAGCAUCUUCUGCUGGCACAUACACAAGAAGAGGCGUUCCAAGUCCUCCAUCAAGUGGAAAUACAACCGGGGUCGACGAAAAGAUGACUAUUGCGAGGCAGGCACCAAGAAAGAUAAUUCCAUCCUGGAAAUGACUGAGACUAGCUUCCAGAUAGUCUCACUCAACAAUGAGCAGCUCCUCAAGGGAGAUUUCCACAUUCAGCCUAUUUACACCCCUAAUGGGGGCAUUGGCUUCCAAGACUGCCCCCUUGGGAACAACAGCACAGUCUACUGCAAGAACAAUGCUCAGGAUGCAGAUGUUUGUUGCACAUGAUAAUUUUAGAGAGCAUCAGGAGACUUUUUACUGACAACUACCCACACUUUACUGGGCACUAUACAGUGUUAAUAUUAUUUGAAACCCCAGUGUCUUCAAGAAAUGUAAUUUAUACAACUAAGUGGACAAUAUAUUUUAUAUAACAACAUCAGAUUUAUAAGUUAUUGGUUAUUGGAUUUGUGAAUUUGAGUUAUGUGCACAAAAACAUUGAUUGAUUGAUUAAUAGUGAAGGAUUUUGAAGUCAUUGUAUGCUGUAACCAUAACAGACACAGAAUCUACACUGUAGCAGCAGUGCAUCACAAGAGUACCGAAACCAGCUGGUAGAAUUCUGUAUGACAAAAGGGGAAAAGAGACAGGCACACAUCUGCCACACUCACCACUAGAGGGCAUAGUUUUCUGGAAAUCAUAUAGUCCACCACACUUUUCCUCUGACUUGUUUUAAUCAAGUCAUCACAGUAAUAUGGCACAUUUGUUUAAUUGCCACUACACUUAGUAGAGAUGCAAAUCAUUAGAUUCCAGCUCUAGGAAAAGGACAUAUUUUUAUGCAAAUUUUAUGAAUUUCUCUCGGCUUCAAAAGAAAAUUUAAAGGUCACACUCAUUAAACAUUCACAGAAAGUGGCAGGCCGCUGUGCUUUCACCUGCUUUUCAAGAUAAAUACAUUAUCGCAGUUAAGGGGUCAUGUUAAUAAUGCUAGCUGUGUUUGAUAGUGGGUGUCACAGAGUGAGCUGCAAAAAAGCACAUCCGCCCAUGUUUAACCCAUUAAGAACCAACCCUUUCCCUUUGUUCAGCAAAAAUAAUGUUAUGGUAAAACAGUAUAUAUUUGUGCCUUGAAGAAUUCCGCUUACAAUGUCUUUUGAAUCCUUGUUUUUGCACAACAGGUGUACUGUAUAUACAUUCAUUGGAAUUGUUGUUGAGGAAACCUCUUGCUCUUGAUUAUUUAUUUACAUCAUUACACAAUUAAUUAAAAACAUAUC